AUGUCUGCAAUAGUGACAACAGUGUUCAAAGCAACAAUCGGUUUGCUUUUACGAAAAGGAAGAGCAACUGCAGCGGAAAAGCUUAAAGAAGGUGAUGUUGUUGAUCAGAAAUUCCGUCGCUUGAUCUUGCGCGAAAUUGACGAUGUCAAAUCCAAGUUGGAUGGACUAGCAAGAAAGGACUUAUUAUCAAGCUUCAGCUCAUUUGCAGAAGGUAUCCAUUAUUUGUAUGAAGUGUUUGGCAGAUCAAAGACAAUAGUCGAAUUUGAAGAUGUUAGCACUGAUCAAGUCACGGGUGGCGAAGACGGAAGGGAGAUAAGAACUCUCACGAGACGAAUGAAUUUCAUAGAUGAGACAGACCUGCGGGAUAAAUCAGUUAGAAAAACACUAGAAAUCGCGAAAAAGAGGUUUGAAUACGCCCGUGAGAAAGCUAGAGAUGCCUUUGCCAAUGAGGCACUGGAUUUGCGUGAUCGCAUUCUAGGCAUGCAGUAUCGAGUUAUGGCAACAAUACUACAGAAUUGUGAAAGCCCCGAAGAUGCACUGCCAGCAUGUAGAGUUUGCUUGGAGGAACUGCACUCUUUGACCGCUGUUAAGGAGUAUUUUGACGUGCAGCUCAAUAAAGGAUUCCGGGCCAGAUUUAGCAAAGACGAAAGGCGAAAAGUCAUAUCUGCCGUCUGCCAUCUUAAUCGAGUUAUUUACGAUGUCACCCUCAUGGUUGGGUUUGGCCUAAGAGAAUGGCCUUGCGUUGACACGGGCAAAGAGAAAAUUGACCCGAUUCGUGACGAAAGACUUACAAAACUUCUACGAAAACAAGGCAUGGAACACUGUUUCGUCAAACCGUGGUCGUUUGGUCAGGAGGGUGAAAAGGAACAAAUAUUAAAAAGUCCUGUGGGUAUCGCUACGAAUACGCACGAGCAGCUCAUUGUUGCGGACGAUGGGGAUAAAUCAAUCAAGAUGUUUGACAGCAACGGGGACUUCAAAAGCUGCGUUUAUCUGCAAAGUGAUGAUGACAAUACAGAGCUGCAUAUCCUUGAUAUUGCUACUGACGAAUAUAGCAAUAGCUAUGUACUGAUCGGACGUAAGAAGUCCCGGACCAAAGAAAAUGAGCUGGAAGUUAGAAAAUUCAACGCAACAACUUCCCUUCUUUGCACGUUUUCUGUGAAAAAAGGGCCGUGGGGACAGGGUAAGCUGACAAUUUGUAGCGGAAACAUCCUGAUAUUAAGAGGAUCAGGAUCUGGAGAUGUGGUAGAAGUGUAUAAAAGCGAUGGAAGAUUUGUUCUUAGCUUCGGUGGGGGACUGCUUACAAGUCCAAGAGAUAUUACUGCCACUGGGGACCACGUUAUGAUCAUGGACACUGAUGAGUGUAGCGUCUACCUUUUCACUCUAAAGGGAAAACAAAAAGCCAAAAUCACUGUCGACAUUCGUGGAGAUCACUAUUUGAGAGCUGCAUUCCAUCCUACAGGUGAACAAUUUGUUGUGGCCGGGUACGAAAGAGAGACGUCUUGUUUGAUAAUGGAAGUUUUCACCACCGCAGGAGAGUUUGUACGAAGGAUUCAGUUCGAUGAAGAAAACACUCAUUGGCUGGGAGGAAUCACAGUGACCAUGGAGGGUCAGGUUGCUGUAAUAGUCGGAGGAGAGAGUGAAAGCUGCAAGGUGAGGAUAAUUACCAUGUAA